AUGCCUGACUCAGAGAGUUCACCGCUCCUUGCCGCUGCGGGCAGCAACAGAACUCCAAAAUCUGGCGAACGAGACGAGUUGCUGGAGUCGACCCCGCUACUAUCGAGUUCAACCACGCCCCGGUUCGAUGGCGACCGAGAUGACGCUCAUCAUGAGGAUACAACGUCCAUCGCCUCGCGCAACACACGCGCAGCUUCGGUUAAGUCUGAUAAGGGGAAAUCAAUACGAUGGCCAUCGGUCAUUGCCAUGAUUGUCUUGGCAUCCCUCACGCUUGCUAUCAUGCUCUUCGCAUUUAUCGUUCCCACCGCCAUUGAGGAGUAUGCGAAAGAGGCGGUCGUUAUUGAACCCACGAAUCUGUCUCUCGAGUCUAUCACGUCCAACGGCAUCCGCGCUAGGAUACAGGCCAAUUUUCGAGUUGAUGCACAACGCGUCGCGAAUGAACACGUCAGGCGGAUCGGUAGGGCAGUCACAUGGGUUGCCAGGGAGCUUGGGACGGGCGAGACGAAGAUCAGAGUUUAUCUGCCCGAGUAUAACAAUGUUCUUCUCGGCACUGCAGGCUUGCCCCCGCUGAAGGCCUGCAUUGUGGAUGGCUACAACAAUGAAGUGGACUUUGUGGCCGACCUUGCCCCUGGCGAUGCUGACGGCAUUCGAACGAUCGCGAACGAGUGGCUGAAAGGGAGGUUGAGCAGCGUCCGGAUUCAAGGGCAAGCCGAUGUCCAAUUCAGGACGGGGAUCAUUCCACUUGGCACGCACUCCAUCGUGGAAUCUCUGACAUUUGAAGGCAGCGAGUUGCCUCACAUGCCCGAAUACAAUAUCACGAGGAUGAAGUUCAAGGAGCAGCCCGUUCCCGGCGCGCGCAACGCAAUCGCGGCCGAAGCCACGGUUCAGUCAUUCAACCAAUAUCCGGUGUCGUUCGAUGUUCCCGAACUCGGCUUCGAGAUUCUUGUGCCGGGAUGCAGUCCUGACGAUCCCUCCAUCUUUGCUGCGGCUGCCACCACCAGCCGCGUAGCCGUGCGGCCCCAUGCAGAUGUAAUCGUGAAUGCGUACGGCCUUGUACGAGAGUUGCCUGAUUCACUCACCCACCUCUGCCCCAACUCAGACUCUUCGCCCUUGGAUUUGCUGUUCAAGAAGUACCUUGACGGCGAAACAGCCACCGUCCUCGUCCGGGGCCAAAAGGAGCCGGCCGGCGACACGCCGGAUUGGCUUGCGGAGAUCCUAUCGAGCAUUACCGUGCCUAUACCGUUCCCUGGACGUUCGUUCGACAAUCUAGUCCGGAGCUUCUCCCUGACAGACGUCUAUUUCAAAAUGCCGGACCCGGCAGCGAACCCCGACGAUCCCGAGUCAAACCCGAGGGUUUCGGGGACAAUCCUGGUUCUUGCAGGGCUCCCUUCUGAGAUGGAAUUCACAUUGAAUGUCACCGACAUUGGAGCAGACGCAGAUGUGUUCUAUAAAGGCGAUAAACUUGGAGAGCUUCACCUUGAGGAGUGGCAAAAAGCGAAUUCGACGCAGAUCCCGGCCACGGAGGAUGAUGAAGCUACGCUGAAGAUACAAUCGCGCAUCAAGGACGUGCCGCUUAACAUCACCGACCCCGGAGUUCUAACCGAUGUCAUCCAGGCUCUCCUUUUUAGCGGCCGCGAGGUCAUACUGAGCGUCAAGGCUCUCGUUAACGUCAGAGUGCAAACGGUACUGGGCGAGCUCGUUGUCAAGGCCAUUCCCGCGGAGGGGAAAAUCCCAGUAAAACCUCUGGGAAACGACACUCUGGGUUCCACGUUGCCAAAAGUCGGAACAAUUCAAAUUAUCGACACGACUUCGAGUUCCCUCUCACUGCAAGCGUUGGUGAACGUCACAAAUCCCACACCUUAUUCGGCUCGCGUCCCGUUUGUCAGCCUAUUCGUGGAAAGCAACGGGACGACCAUCGGGGAGGCCUUUGCGAGAAACAUCAACAUCAAGUCUGGCAACAACACGAAUCUGACGAUUUCAGCAAGGUGGAGUCCAUCAAUGGGCGGUGAAGAAGGCGUCCGUCAUGGGCGCGACCUCCUUUCGAGAUACAUCUCCGGAUACAGCACAAACGUCACCUUACGGACUCACCGCGGGACCAUUCCGUCGUUGCCGCAACUCGGCGAGGCUCUCGCUCGCCUGAACUUUACGCUCCCCGCCCCACGACUCCGGUUCCCCGGCCAGGACAGUGAUGAUGACGACGGUGAUGACGAAGACGAAGACGAGCAACCGCGCUUUAUCCGUGACGCAACCUUCCACAUCCUUUCCUCGACUGCGACUUUCACUCUGGUAUCUCCUCUUCUGCACAACGCCAUCUUCAUCGACUCGGUCAACGCAACGGCGCUGUAUAACCACACCGAGCCCAUUGGCAGGAUCGAGUAUUUCCUCCCGUUUGCGGUGCCGCCGGGGGUCUCGGUGACGCCAAGACUGCCGGUCGAGUGGUCAAUGGACUCGGUCGGGUAUGACAAGGUCAGGGAGGCUUUGGGCGGGAGGCUGAAGCUAGACGGGGAAGCGGGAGUGAGUGUUAGGUUGGGGAGGUGGACGGAACGGCUUUGGUAUGUGGGUAGAGGUAUUGGCGCGGGGGUUAGAACAGAACCAGGGAUGCGCGCCGUCCUGCCGGGCAGGCCCGAGUCGCGCCUCCAGGCGCUGGCGACGGGCUGCUGGAAUGGGAGGCGAAUUACGGCUUACAUCACCGGCAACGCCCUCGUUAUUCUGGGCGCGCCCAACGAACUGCUCCAGACGGUCUACGACGAGGAUCCCGAGCCGUUGCAGGCAAUCGCGUUAGACGAGGCGUCCGGAAAGAUCGCAGUGUGCACGCGGCACGUGGUGAGGGUGUACCGGCCCUUGGGAGCGGGCAGGGGCGAGGACCGUCCGCGGCCGGCGGUGUCCCUCUCCUGGGGCGCGUCCGAGGAGCUGCUCGUGGCCCACUCCAGCCUCGAGCUAUACCAGACCUCGUCGAACCUGGCGACUCCCGAGUGCUCCUGGCGGAAGAGGCUUGCCAACCCCGUCCGGCGGGCUAGUCUGUCGUACGACUCAGCGUACAUUGCCUCGGUGGGGGAGUAUGACCGGCUGGUCAAGGUCUGGCGGAGGCUAAGUUACGGAACUGGCGAGGUCAGGUUCGAUUUCCUCUACCUGAGGCAUCCGCAGCCCGUGACGGGGAUCCAAUGGCGGCGACCCCAUCACGGACCUGGGUCUCCCACAUCGGAUAACAGUCUGCGCUGGGCAUUCGUCAUGCAUGGUGGCGACCUGUCGGCCGCGACCGAGAAGGCUGUCCAAGAGGGGACGAAGACGAAGGACGAGGCCGCCGCGCUGGAGCAGCUCAUCAAGGUUGCAAACCGGAGUCCGGAGAUUUGCGUCGUUCUGGAUGGCCGGGGCCGCAUGGCGGCGUGGGCACUGGAGAAUAUUGGGGGCAAACCGAGCAAGCCCAGCAUCUUCAACGUGGCCCAAGUCGUCUCUUCGGAUCUUGAUUUCUUGAGGGGAAGCUCGCACUCGGAGCUUCCACACGUUGAGGCGUACAGCUACUGCCAGUCUGGAGAGCACUUGCAUCUCCUGCUGCACUUCUUCGAUGGGAGGAUUGAGGUCUAUCGCAGCAAUAUCGCUGCCUUGUUCGAUCGGAAUCCGGAGAGGAAGCGGCUGGCCCAUAGAUGCGUAUGGACGGGACAUUCGGCACCAAUACGGAAGAUCGUACGCAACUUCAGCGGCAGGGCGAUCGUCUCACGGACGGAAAAUGGGCAGGGAGUGAUCUGGAAGCACAACCCGGCCGCCGAGCGGACGGGCCUCGCAUGCCAAGCGGUGAUCCCAGAGCGAGGCCAUAUCCACAGGAUGUGCCUGCUCCGAAACGGUCGGUUUGUCGUCUUCCUCAAGCACGAGGAUAUCUCGCUCUGGGACUGCCGGUUCUCGACACCAGUACUGCUAGCCGAGCAGCGAUAUGAGGUCCCUGGGAAGCCGCUCUGCCUGCUGGUCCUUCCCAGGCGAAAAGUCGAGGACUACACCACAGCGCAUGUCGCGACCAUCACGUCGGAGAAGAAAGGGGUAGUCUGGGAGGUCAAAUUUCCAUUUUACUCCCGUACAGAUGCGGCCACCCCUCCUCCUAUAAACGGGACCAGUGGAACCGAGCAGCAACAGCCCUCGAUCCGUGAGCUCGUCCGAUUUGCGCUCGAGGGCGCGGGGGACCUUGCCUACGUCCUCCCCGUCGAUCCAGCCGGAACCGCGCCGCACGUAUCCGGCUUCCUCGACGUCUUUGCUCGCGACGUGGCCAUCUCGUACACCCACACCGGACGGGUCGAGUUCUGGACCGCCCGCGUCGGCCACAACGGCGACGACCGGGUUGAAUGGCUGUCGACCAGCUCGAUGGAGACAGGCGUGUCCAACCCGGCUCUCGUCAGCGGCAGCACGCGCAAGAAGGCGGCGCUGGUCAACGCCUCGCGGUCGGCGCUCACCAUCUGGGACAUCGGCGGCGCCCGGCUCGAGUACGCGCAGGAGUUUGAGAACUCGCACACGAUCCGAGACCUGGACUGGACGUCGACGCCGGACAUGCAGUCGAUCCUGGCCGUGGGCUUCCCCCACCGCGUGCUACUCCUCUCGCAGAUGCGCUUCGACUACCUCAAUAAAGGCCCCGCCUGGGCCGCGAUCCUCGAGAUCUCGAUCCGCGACUUCACGCCCCACCCCAUCGGCGACUCGGUCUGGCUCGGCGACGGCCACUUGGUGAUCGGUGCCGGCAAUCAGCUGUUCGUCCAGGACCGCCGUUUCGACGCGGCGAGCUCGCUCGUGACCAGCCUGAGGCUGCCGCAGCGUCGCGCUGGGGAGAAGCACUGGGACCUGUUCAACGCCGUGCAGAGGCUGAACGGCCCGCUGCCCGUGUUUCACCCUCAGUUUCUGAGCCAGUGUAUCCUAGCGGGCAAGAUCGUGCUCGUGCAUGCCAUUCUGAUGGCGCUGUAUCGGACGCUGAAGUUCUGGGUCGAGGGCGACGAGCUGGACGAUUACCUGGGGAUGGCGCUGGAAGACUUUUACGCCGUCGAUCACACUACCAAGACGUCGCUAAACAAGGAUCCCGGACAGUACCUCGAGCGACGCAUGUCGUAUGACGAAGGAGAUGAGCCAUUUUCGGAGGAGGUCGCGGCUGAGAUCAACGAGCGGCUCACGCACAUCAACAUCGCGCAGUUAUCGGGCCACGAGCAGAUCCAGCUGGUCAACAUCAUCGAAUGCGUCGGUCUGGUCGAGAAGCAGCGACGCUCGCUCGAUGAGAACGGCGCCCGGUUCAUGCUCUUCUUCCGGCAGCAGGCGCUGCUCAAGGGCCGGACGGACGAGAUCCACCUGGGCUGGCGCGAGAUCAACUGGGCUUAUCACUCCACGAGUCAGGAUGUGCUGGUAGACUUUGUGUCGAGGCAGAAUCAGGGGCGGAUGCUCUGGAAGGAUGCGAGGGAAAGCGGGAUAUUCAUGUGGUUGGCGGAUAACGCAGCGGUGGGACGCCAGAAAGCACAAUUCGAGGUAAUCGCGCGCAACGAGUACACCAAAAACGAGCCCAAGAACCCGAUCAACUGCAGCCUCUACUACCUCGCGCUCAAGAAGAAGGCGAUCCUGCAGGGCUUAUGGCGCAUGGCUGCGUGGAACCCCGAGCAGGGCGCGACGCAGCGGUUGCUGGCGAACAACUUUGACGACCCCAAGUGGCGGACGGUGGCGCUCAAGAACGCGUACGCGCUGAUGAGCAAGCGGAGAUUUGAAUACGCGGCCGCCUUCUUCCUCCUCGCCGACCACCUGCAGGACGCGGUCAACGUGUGCCUGAAGCAGCUCAAGGACCUGCAGCUCGCCAUCGCAGUGGCUCGCGUCUACGAAGGCGAUAAUGGGCCGGUGCUCCGGCGCCUCCUCGAGGAGGAAGUUCUCUCGAUAGCUGCCCAGGAGGGCAACCGCUGGCUGGCCUCGUGGGCGUUCUGGAUGCUCCAUCGGAGGGACAUGGCCGUGCGCGCUCUGAUUACGCCGGUAUACACGCUGCUCGAAACGCCCGGGUCGCCGGACCUCAAGUCGCGACUGUUCCUGACGGACGAUCCUGCGCUGAUCAUCUUGUACUCGCAGCUCCGGCAAAAGACGCUGCAGACGCUUCGGGGCGCGAGCAAAGUGACGCCCAAGGUGGAGUGGGAGUUUGUCCUGCAUAGCGCGAAACUGUACGAUCGGAUGGGUUGUGACUUGUUGGGCUUGGAUCUGGUCCGCAACUGGGAGUUCCUUCAGCCCGCAGGGCCUGUGGCCGGUCUGGGCGGCGAAGUCAACCCACUCAGACUGCUCCGGAGGAGGGAAUCGCUGGUCGUGGCCGAUCUCCCUAUUCUGCCGCAGCAACAGCAACAACAAAAUCAGCAGCACUUGCCGGCUGAGAUGAAGUCGGGCGGGCACCUGCCGAAGCAGCAGGCGCCUCCGACGAUGUUUGAGGAGCCAGAUGCGAACUCGUUGUUGGAUAGCUUUGGCUUCUAA